AUGGCUAAAGUUUACAACGGGCAAUCCGCAAAAGACCAUGCAAGCGAACAUAAGGAUUGUGUCGACCGUGGCAACAGACUUCGGCAGAAGUUUCGGAAAUCUCAAGAGGGCGCAACUACUGAUUCAAAGAUAUCGGAAGGCUUACGGGAAGAAUUGUGGAAUAGCAGAAUAGAGACUGACAAGAACGGCACCUACUUCAUACCUUUUGACAAGCUUGAACUGGCUCGGAACCGCAGAUAUGUUGAACAGAGUUUGCGGGACGAUGAAGCUUCCCAAGCUGAGGUUUCUGAGUGGUCGAAAAGAAUCUGUCCAAACCACCCCGAUAAAUGUGAAAAUUCAUUCAUCAGAAUAUUCGCCAUUUUAGUGUUGUGCGAAAAGCCUAAGUGCAUCGGCAGGUUUCUUGACCAGCAUGUCGAUGACUCUUACCUUCCUCUACACAGGGUAGAGAGAAAGAAGGAUAGGAUCACAGUUGUGCAGGAAUAUCGCAACUGUAAACUCAGCGAAGAAAAAUUGAAUUCUCUUUUUCAAGACCGACGGGAUUGGAGGCAAGGAAACUUGGACAAUUUCGCUACCUAUCAAUGGUGGGUUCUCGCACCCUUCUUUGGCCGACCAGACAACAUCAUCCCUCACUACAUCCUGGAAUCCUCGGACGUAUUGCCCAUUACCGAGAAAAAGAGGCUAUCAGAUGACGAGGAGUCAUUAGAUCCGGACGUUCAAAAUGUAGUUUUCCGCGGAGGAUUCAGCGACGUAUUCAUAGUGAAACUACACCCAUCACAUUACAACUUCCAAAAUGAGCCUUAUAGCGACAGUUCACAUUGGUUCGCUCUCAAGCGCUUGAAAUCUUCAAGUCAUAGCGAUUUCAAAUUAGAGGUUGAUGCUCUUAGAAAAUACAACUACGGCAUUAACAAGCACUUGAUGCCGCUGUUAGCAACAAUCCAAAAAGAGGAUGAGGCAGGAAAGUACUACCUACUAUUUCCAAAAGCCAACGGCGACCUACGGUUUUUCUGGCGAACCCAGUUCAACAUGCCUUCUGACAGAAUAGGGAUAGUGCGUUGGAUGGCUGAGCAAUGCCUUGGAAUUGCGAAUGCGCUUUCAAUGCUACAUAAAGAUCAAGAUCCGCAUAAGGAGGAAGACUAUCCCAUAUAUGGCCGCCAUGGCGACAUAAAAGCAGCCAAUAUCCUUUGGUUUUCCAAGCCGGGUACCAAAGAAUUUUCAGGAUGGCGUUUAGCCCUUUCUGACUUCGGCUUAAUGAGAUUCCACCGCGCCGUGUCGAUAUCUGCCCAGACAGCGAGCAAAAUCAAGAAGACACUGACAUAUCAGGCCCCAGAGUUCGACAUUACAGGAGCAAAAAUAUCUAGGAAAUCCGACAUAUGGGCUCUUGGAUGUACAUACUUGGAAUUUAUUACAUGUUACAUUUCGGGAUACGAAGCGGUACAAGAGGAUUUCCCCAGCCGCCGAGGAGAAACGGAUAAGAAAUUUCCAACGUUUAACGAGGAUAAAUUCUACCGAACGACUGCUGGAGGUACCUCGGCGGAACUAAAACCGAGUGUUAAAUUGUGGAUUCACGAGCUUCGUGGCAAUCCAAGAUGCUCUUCGUACUUACACGAUUUCCUUACGUUGAUUGAGAGGGAUAUGCUGUGUAUCGAGCUGGAUAAGCGACGGACUGCGAUUGAUGUUGCUCGAAACCUCGAGAGGCUCUCAAAAAAAUGCCAAAAAGACAGUUAUCUCAUGGAUAAACAUAUACCUCGGGGAAAGAAAAGACAGUGA